CUCGACAGACGAUUGCCUUCAAGGCUGCCGGUGACUGCGGGAACGUACACAUGUCGAUCUCAGCGCCUCACUUCUCUCACUUCGUCGUCGCCCAUACCUGUCGCCGCCUGUAGCGCUCGAUCUGUCCAAGCUCCGCACUUACCGCCGAUAGCUCGAACGUCUGGACCGAAUAAACACACGACUACAGCAUAGCAAUAUGGCGUCCAUGAACUUUGUGACAUUCAACCAGGACCAUAGCCACCUCGGUGUCGGUACUUCCAACGGCUACCGCGUAUACACCACCGACCCCUUCAAUAAGCAGUCCGAGUCUCGUGAGGGCGAUGUCUCGAGUCUCGAGAUGCUCUUUUCAACCUCCCUGGUGGCUCUCACGCUGUCACCACGAGUCCUGCGCAUACAGAAUACCAAGAGGCACUCGACUAUCUGCGAAAUGACCUUCCGCACAGCAAUUCUUGCAAUGCGACUGAACAGGAAACGACUGGUGGUAGUGCUGGAAUCAGAGCUAUACAUCUACGACAUCAGCAACAUGCAGAUGCUGAAAACGGAGAAGACAUCACCAAACCCUAACGCCAUCUGCGCUCUUUCUGCAUCCUCCGAAAACAACUACCUCGUAUACCCUCUUCCCACGAAAGCCGCGCCGAAUAGCUUCCAACCGCCUUCGCAUGCGCCACCCAAGUCAGACCAUGUUGCGCCCACGAGCGGCGAGGUCCUCAUAUAUGACGCCACAAAGAUGGAGGCCGUGAACGUCAUAGAGGCCCACAAUUCACCUUUGUCGUGCAUUGCGCUCAACAAUGAUGGAACACUCUUGGCUACUGCUUCUGAGAAGGGAACUAUCAUUCGUGUCUUCUCUGUCCCAGAUGCACAGAAGCUCUACCAGUUCAGGAGAGGCUCCAUCCCGGCCAGGAUAUACAGCAUGUCGUUCAACUCGACCUCGACCCUGCUGAGCGUGUCAUCAGCAACAGAGACGGUGCACAUUUUCCGCCUUGGUACACCGAAUACAAGCCGCAGCAACAGUGUGUCUUCUGGUCCCAACAGGCCGUUGUCAGGCUCUCGUGGGCGGAGCAGCAGUCGCGCAAGUGAAGAAUUGCCAGACGAGUUCGGGGACAGCGUCGCAGAUAUCGCCACUCCGGAGCGCAAGCCGCUGAAUCCUACCUUUGGUAGCUUGAUACGGCGAACAUCGCAAACAGUAGGCAAGUCCUUUGCUGCGACUGUGGGAGGUUACCUGCCAAGCGCAGUUGCUGAGAUCUGGGAGCCAUCACGCGACUUCGCGUGGGUGAAAGUGCCCAAAUCGCUGAAUAGCGCUACGGCUGGUCCGAUCCGGACUGUCGUAGCACUCAGCAAUAACGGCCCACAGAUCAUGGUGGUCACCAGUGAAGGCAACUACUACGUGUUCAACAUCGAUCUGGAGAAGGGCGGCGAGGGCACGCUGUACAAGCAAUACUCACUCCUUGAACCAAACGAACUUGUAUCAGGCAGCAUGCAGGACUAUGCUGACUAGUUCUCGCGACACCCGCUCAGCUACCUCUGAGAUCAUGCAUGAGAAUCUCCUACCUUGUUUUUGCAUGGCCAUGGCGUUUACCAAACCACAUUAUUCCCCUAGGCUUGAGCAUAGUUCGCCUGCUAUACAUGUCUAAUUACAUCUCUGUGCGACGUCCCACAACUUAAGCCAACGGACACUGGGC